CAGCCGAUCCAAUCGUCACACCAGCUCCAGCUUCGGAGCCGGCCGUGGCGCCUGCGAUGGGUAAACCGGCUGCGCCUAUUGGUGCGCCCUCGACUCCCACGGUCAUUCUGGAGGAUAUCGGGAGCGAAAGUGACGAAGUCCCGCUGGAACGCCGUCGCGGACGAGUUAAUUCUUCUCUCGUUCAUCCUCCUCCGAUUGUUGAUGCGACCGAUCGACCGACUCCUCCUGCGGCGGAUCGCGGCAAGAGGCCCAUGGCCGACCCUGAGGCCACGGCCGAGUCGCCGAUCCAUCCGCAGGAUGCAGAUCUCCCCAUUCCUCCGCAGGAAGUCUCCUCGGCCUAUGUAAGUCUUCUAUUUUUUGUAUUAAUUUUCCAAUGACACGUUCUUAAAAGAUUAUUAAAAUGUCAGGUGCCCGAUCAUUCAUUUCACCGGCAAUUUUAUGCGCCGAGGGGUGUUAUUUAUAUUUCCUGGCCGCCGUCGUGGCCAUCAAAUAUAGAUAACCUCCAUCGGCCGCGUGAAUUGCG